UAUGUAUUACUGACAUGCUUGUCCUUGUUCAGGACUCCACACACUGGCUUCAGAUUGAACCCUUGACUUCCACUGUCCAGGGAGUGACAAUGUUCAGACACAGGACACCCAAAGGGAGUUAUGAGUGCACAGUGUCUGGGCUCCGCUGGCUGUGUGAGAGAGAUGUCAUUCUGAAGUAUCACUUCAGGAACUGGGAACCCUACAGUCAACUUCUGAAAGACAAGCAGUACACACAAGGUGGUCCAUUGCUGGACAUCACUAUGGAGUUAGGUGAACUGGAGGAAGUUCAUCUGCCACACUUUGUCUGUUUAGGGACCAACCCUUCCCUGAGGAAUGAGAUGAAGAUUCUUCAUGUAGAGGAACAUGGAGUUUCUUUUGAGGAAGUGCAUGAGGUCACCAGAUUCCAUGCUAAGAUUCUCCAUCCCAAGUUCUCAGUUAUCUCUCUGAUACUGAGAUUACUGUCUUGGAACAUAGAUGUCCACUGUGACGUGGUCCUCUAUUUGGCAGUAAAAAGGUCAACAGUAAUUUCAAGGCUGUACCUGCUCCUCAGAAACUCGAGUCAGAAAGAGGCUGUUCGGGAACGGGAGAAAGAUCAGAUGUCCCAAGGAUAUAAAGAAUUUCUCCUGUCAAGUCCAAAUGGGCCCUUAAAGCUGAACAGUUCGUUUGCGUUCAAGAAUCCCCACUCCACUUCCAUCAAUCCAGAGAAGAUUCAGGUGUUACCUGCAGACACCACACCAAGCUGUUGUAAGAUGAUCAUGAGAAACACAGGGGUUGACAUUGAGAUGGAGUUAAUCGGGGAUGAUGAGAGGACAGUAUGGAAAUCAGUGGUAUCAAAAGACGUAUACAGCAACGACUCUCAUCCAAUAUCAUUAACAGUCCCUGGGAUUCCUGCUGAGGAGUUUCUGAAGAAACACAGGGCUGUACUCAUUCAGGGAGUCAAAAACCCAAUGCCGAUAGCAGAUGUUCUGUCAUCAAAGGGCAUGAUUGGUGAUGAAGAGUACUCCAGAAUAACAGCUGAAACAACUGAACAGGAGCGAAUGAGAGAACUACUGAAUGCAGUCCUCCCUAAAGGACCAGAAGUGAUGGGAGCUUGUCUCAAAGCUCUCAGUGAACAUGAACACCAUCUUGUUAAGCACUUGAGUGAAUCUAGCACCUAAUCUGAAGAUGCUGAGGCCUGUCUCCUAGUCUGUGGACAAAGACACUUCUCCACCUAAUCUGAAGAUGCUGAGGCCUGUCUCCUAGUCUGUGGACAAAGACACUUCUCCACCUAAUCUGAAGAUGCUGAGGCCUGUCUCCUAGUCUGUGGACAAAGACGCUUCUCCACCUAAUCUGAAGAUGCUGAGGCCUGUCUCCUAGUCUGUGGACAAAGACACUUCUCCACCUAAUCUGAAGAUGCUGAGGCCUGUCUCCUAGUCUGUGGGCAAAGACACUUCUCCACCUAAUCUGAAGAUGCUGAGGCCUGUCUCCUAGUCUGUGGACAAAGACACUUAAAUUAUUGUUAGGGAAAUUAUGUUUGCUUUUCUUUUAACAAAUGUCUGUAUUUUAUUCAUGUGCUGUUCUAUAAACAAAUUUGUGUGUUCAUCAAGUGUCUGACGAGAUAUCUCAGUUUCAAGGUCUCAUCUUAGAGAGAAGAAGACUGGUGAGGUGUUGGUCUGUCAAAUGCUAUGAACCAGUAUUGCGGUUAGCUAGUUGCGAGGAUCCAGAUGAAAAUGUUCAGAGUUUGCGGUAGGAAUCCGGGGAUAUGGAGAGAAAAAUAGGUACUUUAUGCUCUGGUUUGAGUCACGUUGUACGAACUGGCGAGAGCUUUCCGAGCUAAAGGUUAGCUGAUGACCACUAGCAGUGGUUUGCUGACUGAUAGCUGGUAGCUGGCUAGCUUCAGUUGAGGGAUUCCAGAUUCCAGAUUCCAGUAGAAAUACUUUAGAAAAAAAAACAGAUCCACGCCACAUUGGGUGAGGCUGGUUGCAGGAGAGUAUUUAGAAGUUGAGGUUUAAGAAAAUAUUUUUAAAAGAAUUUGAAUAAAAAUAUAUACAGAAGGAACACGACAGGACAAAGACGUCUGACUGCUACGCCAUCUUGGAUUUAUGUUGGAUCUUUCUGUUGGAUAUCUUGGAUAAUGUUUGGUUAUUUGUAUUACUGCUGUUACCAUGGCAAUUAUCUAGUAACAAUUACUUUUAAUGCUGUUAACAAAUGUCAAUGCUAUAUUAUUAUUUGUGCUAUAAAGAAUAUUGACUUCA